CUCCAAUUUACAUGUUACUCAUAACCCUGGGAACAUGAGACAAAUGUCUAGCCUAUUCAAUGCUCUAUCACUCCUUAAUUUAUGUGUGCUGGGGUGGCGCCGGGCUGAAGCUCGCUAUGUAGGGUCGAACAUGCGCACCCCGUUCGAUGCUCUCCCUCGAUUUACAUCAACUUCAAGCUUGCUAUGUACCAUUUUGGCCUCACGCGCAGCUGAAGGCAGUUGCUGAUACGGUCAAAAUGUCCCCUGGAUGUCUAGUUCCCAGGCCUGGAGUGAUGACGACAGAUGAGCAGCAGGCGGAAUGCUUUGCCCUUAUCCUUUCCCUUACUAGUAAGGACCUUCUAGUUCCAGAUGCGGCCGACCACCGGAGAGAUCCUUGUUGUACAAUACACAUCACACUAUUCAGGCCCGCAUCCUAUCAACAGCAGUGUGGUCGUGUGAUGAAGCUCCGCAUGAUCGAUGCUACUCAUGCGACAUCAAGCCAGUCGGGAGCUAGCAGUUGGAAUACCUUUGACAGAUUCCACCGAGGAGUUCAUAACCUUGCGAAAAUUAAAGUGUGCGUUACCGUCAGUUUGCUCUCUGAUGAAGCUCUGGCAGUAGUUUGUCUACACGGUUAG